AUGUAAUCAAUCAGUCUCGAUUAGCACUCGCCAGAAGAAUGUUCUCUUCAACAAUCGCUAGUAUACUUUUGUGUUUUUCGAGUCUUCACGUUCAACCGAUUGCAUCCAGCGUUCCCGUACUUGUGGAAGUCCCACCACAUAGUCCCUGGCCGUGGACAUUGUCACAGGGGAGCAAGUGGAAACAUCAGCCCGGGGAUGAUAAGCAUUUUCCCCCAUAUUUCGCAUUUGGAGCAUCAACAGCGGCCUACCAGAUUGAGGGCGCCUGGCAGGAAGAUGGUAAAGGUCCCUCGGUCUGGGACACAAUGACCCACGAGCACCCGGAAUUAGUGGUUGAUCGCGCAAACGGAGAUGUGGCAGCCAACUCUUAUCACCAAUUCACAGACGAUAUCGCCGCACUGAAGGAAGUAGGGUUCGGGUUUUAUCGUUUCUCAAUCUCGUGGUCUCGUAUUCUGCCCGAAGGCGAUCUUUCGUCGCUUCAACAAGCUGGAAUUGACUAUUAUGACAAGCUUAUCGAUUCCCUGCUGGCUGAGAAAAUAGUUCCCGUAGUCACCAUGCUGCACUAUGACGUACCGCAGUAUUUGCAGAAUCUGGGCGGAGUUGCUUCACCCUUGUUUGUGAGAUAUUUUGAAAUCUAUGCAGAUACACUGUUCCGACACUUUGGGGACCGCGUACAAACUUGGAUUACUCACAAUGAACCGUACGACUUCUGCGUGGAUGGUUACGGUUACGGUCGUAAUGGACCGUUGGUCUACGCACCCGGUGUUGGUGAAUAUCUCUGUGCUCAUCACGUACUGCUAAGUCACGCUGCUGUGUAUCAUCUGUACAACCAAAAGUAUCGCUCUAAACAAUCCGGCUCCAUUGGGAUUACUCUCAGUGGAAGAUUUUUCUACCCCGUGAACAACGAAACCGGACCAGACGUAAUCGAUCGUGCCCUAAACUUCCAGAUUGGUUGGUUCGCUCAUCCGCUGUUCAGCGAGAAGGGCGGCUAUCCGCCCAUAAUGGUAGAAACUAUUGCGGAACACAGUCUGCUUGAAACACGCACCAUGUCUCGCCUCCCGACGAUGUUGCCAGAAACGAAAGCGUUUGUGAAAGGUACGGCAGAUUUUUUGGGCUACAAUUACUACAGCAGCCGGCUGGUGAAGCUAGACCCGCGGGAAUACAACAUCAGCAGUCCACCUUCGAUCGAUAAGGAUACUGGUCUGGUGUACAGCGUGGAUCCGAAGUGGAAACGAGCCAAGUCAGAUUGGCUCUACGUAGUCCCUGCGGGACUUCGAGGGGUGCUGAAUUGGUUCAAAGAGGAAUACGAUAACCCAGUGGUGCUGAUAACUGAAAAUGGAUACUCGGACGAUGGAGGACUGUGCGAUCACGAGCGAAUUGAAUAUUAUAAGCUUCAUUUGGAGCAACUGCUAGCGGCCGUAAAUGAGGACGAAUGUCAUGUGGUAGGACACACAUCUUGGAGUAUUAUCGACAAUUUCGAGUGGCUUCGUGGCUACAGCGAAAAAUUCGGCCUGUACCACGUGAACUUUUUGAGCCCAAAUCGAGAACGAACCCCGAAGCUUUCAGCCAAAUUUUUCCAGGAAGUGAUCAGAACAGGAACGAUUCCAAAGAUAUAAAGUUGAUUGGAGUAAAAAAAUAUCAAGAAAACAUUAAGAAGAAUGAUCUUUUUAUAAUAAAGGUAAACGACGAAUGAUUUUUCUUUUUAAAA